AUGUGGAGGGGGCGGUGGAGGUGGAGGGGGCGGCGGCGGCGGCGGCGGCUGAGGGUGUCGCCCGGGUGGAGGCUGGGUGACAGCGGCCGCGUGGUGGUGGCGGGCAGCGGCGCGGCGGCCGGCAGGGUGGUGGCGUGCGUGGAGGCCGUCAAGCGGCGGCACCGACACGGCCUGCACCAGCUCACCGCGCUGGGCUACAGGAGGGUUGAUGAGUACUGGGAGGGCAAGACAGAGGGGCUGGACACACUGAGGGUCACCAGGGAGGUGCCCGGCCUGAUGGUGCUGCUCUCAAAGGCGACCAUAGACCCAUCACUGCCGGGCCCUCAAAAACACGAAUUCUAA